AACAUGAUAUAUUGAUAUUAAUAUACAUAAAAACAUCUAAAUUUUUAAAAUAAAAUUUGAUUUAAUCAUAAAAAACCCCCACAAAAUCCUAUAUUUAAGUUAACCCGGGUCAACCCGAACCCGAUCCGACCCAAUUCGAAAAUUUUUAACUCUCCAACCCUCCAACCCGAACUCGACCCGAAUCCGAAAAUGGCCAACCCGAACCUGAUUUUUUUCGGAUCGACUCGGGUUGGGUCGUCGGGUCAGGUUCAUUUUGACACCCAGGUAAGAAAAAAGAGGGGUCAUGCAGCCUAAACUAAAUUUUGAGAUCAUACCAUAUCAUCUUUCAUAUACAUCAUAAGGCAUGACUUACCUCCAUAUUGAAGGUGCAGAAUGAAAGUCAACAAAAAUAACAUUAGGAAAAACUCACAAGUAUCCAAAUCAUUCCAACACUAUGAUCUACAUAAUCAUCUUAUGCUUAGCAACUAGAUCAUGCAAUUGAAUAUAAUGUAAGACAAUGACAAAUGACAUAAGAUAUAAUUCACAAGGCAACCAUUAGAUUGAGUUACAAUACCCCCUGCUGACCGCCAAAAAAAACCAAAAAAAGAAAAAUACCUAUAUCAGAAUCUGGCCUAAGAACAGUCUUGUUUCUUAACAGCUCAGGUGGAAUUAAACCUCCACUCUCGUGGGAGUCAAGGGUGCAAAACCUUCGCUGUGCCAAAGAAUGAAUCCAUACAUUAUUCAAACCUUAAUGAAAAACUGAAACUAAAACUAAAAAAGAAAACUGUCAAAAAAACUCUCACAAACCAUAAAGGAAGAGCCAUUCUGCAGAGAGAACGUUCGAGGGAAUUGUAUAGGAAAAUCUCCUAGAUUGCUGCAGAUUGUUGAAUGUUAUUCGGGCCGGAUUCCACAUUUUUAUUCUAUCUAUGAGCUCUUCAAUUGUUGGUGAAACCUCAGUGUAAAUGCUCGUGCAGUGACAGGAGUAAGUUGGUGGGGAGGUUGCAGUAUAGAACUCUGAAUCACUUAAACAAAGACCGAUGUGCUCGUCCAAGUCUUCUUAUUACAUCUAUGGUCUCAAACAUACAUGUGAUAUGUUAUAUUGAGAGUAGUUAUUUUUUACAUUUCCGAUCGAGUUAUUGUUAUCAAUAGAUUGCUACUAUAUAACAAUCGAUUGGUAGAAUAUAUUCAUAGCCACAGAACCAUUUCAAAUCAAUUGGGAGCAUGAUCAGAAACGUGUUAAAAAAAAUACAUUGCUGUCAAUAUAAUGUAUCAAAUUAAUAUUUGAGGACAUAAAUGUAUUAAGGAGAUUUAGAUAAAUAUCAAUUGGGAACAGCUCGGCCUAACAAAGUAGAAGUCAGACCAAUACAUGUUCCAAUCAGUGCCAACAAUGUGACAGAAUUCUCUUGAACUCCAUCAUGUUGCAUUGCCUGGAAAAGUCGCAGCGAUUGUUGCACGUCGUCGCUCCAACCGUCCUCGACAUCUUCUGCGGCAACUUAGACCGGCGUUCCUCGGUCGAGCAAUAGCAGCAACCCGACCGUCGAGUUAUGUCGAGACACAGCAGUUUCAACCAUCGAGUAUAGUCCUCAGCUUCUUCGGGCAAACUGACAACAACAACGGGUUCCGACGUUUCGAGGUCGGCAGAGCUCCACAGUCGGAUCGCUGCUCCACGUUACUCCUAAACGCAACACUGUGGGUUUCAUACUGCAACCUCCCCACCAACUUACUCCUGUCACUGCACGAGCAUUUACGCUGAGGUUUCACCAACAAUUGAAGAGCUCAUAGAUAGAAUAAAAAUGUGGAAUCUUUCCCGAGUAACAUUCAACAAUCUGCAGCAAUCUAGGAGACUUUCCUAUGCAAUUCCCUCGACUAUUUUCUCUCUGCAGAAUGACUCUUCCUUUAUGCGAAGGUUUUGCUCCCUUGACUCCCACGAGAGUGGAGGUUUAAUUCCACCUGAGCUGUUAAGAAACAAGACUGUUCUUAGGUCAGAUUCUGAUAUAGGGAAAUAUGCUGAUCUAGUAACAAGAGUGACAAACUUCCAUUGCGAGGACAAAGGCUUGAUGGUCUUGGCUGGUGAUGUGUUUGAUGCCCCUAUUAGGAAGGAUAUUGUCCAACGUGUUGUGAGAUGGCAGCUUGCUAAGAGGCAGCAGGGUACACAUUCAACAAAAACUAUUAGUGAUGUAAGUGGGACUGGUAGAAAAGCAUACCCGCAAAAAGGAACUGGAAGGGCAAGGCAUGGUUCUUUGCGUGCCCCUCAGUUUAGGCAUGGUGCCACCAUGCAUGGACCUAAACCACGGAGUCAUGCUUUCAAGCUGCAAAAGAAGGUUCGGCGAUUGGGAUUAAAAAUUGCUCUAUCUGCUCGAACAGCUGAAGGCAAGCUUAUUGUUUUUGAGGAUCUGGAAGUCCCAAGCCACAAGACGAAGAACAUUGUGAACUAUCUUGCCCAACUGGAAAACACAAGGAAGGUUUUAUUGGUUGAUGGUGGCCCCAUAGAUGACAAACUUAAGUUGGCAACGAGAAAUCUGCAAUAUGUCAAUGUAUUACCUUCCAUUGGCUUGAAUGUCUACAGUAUCUUAUUGCAUGACACACUUGUGAUGACUCGAGAUGCCGUAAGCCACAUUGUUGAGCGGAUGCACACUCCCAUUAAUCGUUGAUGCAGUUGUAGCUGAAAUGAACAUUCAUCUGCUCAAGAUCGAUUCACAUCAAAUGUUUAUUUGAUGCUCUGACUAAUCAGUUGUCAGAUCAAACAAAGAUUCAUGUUGGAUAACUUUUUUGUUUUCUCCAGUACGAGUAGCUAAUAAAGGCAGAGACUAUUUUAGUUGUAUGUUUUGUAUUCAGAAACGUGUCAAGCUUUUGAAAAACAAAAGAUUGGACCAAAUUGUCUUAUGUUUAAAGUCUAUCAUGCACAAAAGAUUA